AUGUAUUGCCAGAAGUGCCGAACGGCAUUAAAGCUGGAUGGCUCACUUGAGGCGCUCAACCCAGCUGCCUUUGAGCUACUUGCCAACUCCACAGGCCGAACACUAUCGGACCAUGGCGCUGCGUCAUCCGCAAAUCGAACCUCCUACCCUUCAGAACGACGGGAACUUUACGAUCGUACCUCAAAGCAUGCUACGCCACCGGUUUACAGAAGGUCCAUUCCUGGGCCACGGUCGGGAAGCCAGAGUAAUCCUCCGGCGUUGCCUCGCGGUGAUAGCGGCAACAUGUCAUUCGUGAUGCUUACGGAAUCACAAUUUGUACCGCCGGCUGUUGAGACCCUACCAAGUCGCCCCAAGGGCAAAAGUACCGGAAAAAGCCAAGAUCAUACUCUAGAGGAAGGGGGGUCCUUUUCCAGCCAAGUGGAACGAGCCACUCGUCUCUUUGAGAUUGUGUCAGCACGCUCGGAUAUUGAUCAUCCGAUAUGUGUGGAGUGUACGGAUAUGCUGGUGGAGGGGCUACAGAAACGUCUAGCUGGGGCUACAAAGGAGCGCGACGCCUAUAUUUCGUUCCUUCGCAGCUUGAAUGCCUCAGUCCCGAGCGCGGACGAAUUAGCGUCCGCCGAGGCAUCCUUGAAAGAAAGUCUCGAAGCGGAGAAAGCGGCCUUUGUGGAACUGGAGGAGCUGGAACGAGAAAAGUCUCAGCUGGACAAAGAGAUUGCAGGACUCGAGGAAGAAUCCCAGCAACUAGAUGCUGACGAAGAAAGAUUUUGGCGAGCCCGCAACGGCUUUGCCUUGACACUGGCGGAGUUUCAAACCGAACGGGAUGCUUUGAAUAUGCGCUACGACCAUGACUCGCAGCAGCUAGAGAGAUUACAACGGACAAAUGUCUACAAUGACGCAUUUUGCAUCGGGCAUGAUGGGUAUUUUGGGACCAUCAAUGGCCUGCGUCUAGGCCGUCUAGCCAACCCCUCGGUUGAGUGGCCCGAGAUCAACGCCGCCUGGGGCCAGACCUGUCUACUUCUGUCGACAAUUGCAGAGCGGCUUGGGUUUCAAUUUCAAGGUUAUCGGUUGAAGCCGCUGGGGUCCACCUCUCAGAUCGACAAGAUUGAGUAUCCCGUGCAUCCAACCGGGCCAAAUGCCACUGAUCGAGUUGCGCCCAAAACUACCCAACUGGACCUUUUUUCGUCUGGAGAUCUUCCUCUUAAUCUCCCUUGGCUGCAUCGACGCUUUGACGCAGGUAUGGUGGCGUUCCUCGAGUGUUUGCGCCAGUUGGGGCAGUUCGUCGAAUCGACUCCCGCCCCAGUAACAUCGCCUCGUCGCGGGCAGACUAGCGCCACCGCCCCCGGGCUUCGACUACCCUAUGAGAUUCAAAAAGAUCGUAUUGGGGAUGCCAGCAUUAAGCUUGGAUUUAAUCAGAAUGACGAAACUUGGACUCGCGCCUGUAAAUACACUUUGACGUGCUGCAAGUUCCUGCUAGCGCAUGCGAGCAACGUUGCCAGCGCAGGAUCGAACAACUCCGCUGUCGCGGCUGCAGCCGUGGCAGCUGCUGAGACUCGACUAAACCCCGCCAAGAGUCGACCCUGA